AUGGUGAUCAAGGCCAUCUACGGCGGCGACUCUAGAAAGGAGCACAGCGCGAUGCCGCUGGAAUGGCGUGUCAUCGGCAACGCCACCGCGAUGGUGGUCGACAAGCAAGCUCUGGUCUUUGACAGCGAUGGCGUCUUCCGGUACGAGCGGUCCCUCUCCUCUCGGCUGAACGGCGACUGCGAGGGCAAUCCUGUGCGCUUCAACGACCAGCCAACUCCAGGCCGCUGUACCGCCACACUGAUUGCUCCAAACAUGGUGGCAACCGCAGGGCAUUGCAUCGCGCCUCACCUUUGCGUCAGACUUGACUUUAUAUUCGGCGCCACCAGCGAGUCGAUGGUCCUCGGCAGCCACUUUGCUUCCAGUCUUCGCUAUUCGUGCGCCUCGGUCGAGGUCUCAGUGUCCAGCGGCGGGCAGGAUUGGGCUGUCGUGCGGCUGGACCAGAGCGUCCCCGCCUCGAUCGCCUCACCCGUCAGAAUCGCUCAAACGGAGGUCGUGGUCGGGAUGCCCAUCAUGGGCAUCGGCCACCCCGACGGCCUCCCGCGCAAGUACACUGGCGAGGCACAAGUCCAGCAGGUGGCCAGGCCGGGUACUCCGGCCUUUCGCUUCGCCACAAACCUGGACGCGUUUGUCGGCUCGUCUGGGUCGGGCGUCUUCGAGACCGAGAGGCGCGAGAUGGUUGGUAUCAUCGUUAGUGGGCAGCGGGAUUACGACGACAAGGGAUGCCUGAUCCGCUACCCGCAGGAGCAGGGUGCAACGGAGGACGCCGUCGGUGACGCCCUGCGCCUCCGCUGCGACCACGCCCUCAUCGUUGUCGCCACGCGACGAUGCUAG